AUGUGUACCACAGUGUCAGAAAAGUACCUUGUAUCCAUGUUUGACAUUUGUAAUGUAUCAAAUUCUUUUUUAUAUGGUAGUCUCGAUGAGAUUGAAGCUGCCGUAGAUGUUGCUGUAGAAGCCGGGUAUCGCCAUUUUGAUUGCGCAUGGGCUUACAGGACCCAGGGGCAAUUGGGUAGUCCCGAUGACAUAGAAGCUGCCGUAGGUGUUGCAGUGGAAGCCGGAUAUCGACAUUUUGAAAGCGCAUGGGCUUACGGGACACAGGAAGCAAUUGGUAGAGCGUUGGAAAAGAAAAUAACCGAAGGUGUCUUAGACCGAAAAGAUGUUUUUAUUACCACAAAGUUAUGGAAUACGCAUCACAAUCCGAAACUCGUGUUGGGGGAAUUGAAGGAUACGUUAAAACAAUUACGAACAAGCUAUGUAGACAUGUUUCUUAUGCAUUGUCCAACUGGACAAAAAGACCAAGAUUUAAGCGGAGAUGUAAUCUUUGCAACAGGCAAUAGUGACUAUGCAUACUACACAUUAGAGGACGUCUGGAAAAUUGAAGUUUUACCAUAUUUCCUCAAUGAGCGUUUGGUAAAGUUCUGUUUAGGCAGAGGAAUGACUGUGACAUCCUUUGCUCCAUAG